AUGUCCACCCCACCUCCUCACUCCUCACCUGAGUUCGCCCCAUCUCACCCUCACUCCAUGUCCACACCACCUCACCAUCACCCCAAGCCCAAACCAUCUCAACCUCACUCCAAGGCCACCAUCUCACCCUCACUCCAAGUCCACCCCAUCUCACCCCUCACACCAAGUCCACCCCCACCUCACCCUCACCCAAGUCCACCCCAUCUCACCCCCACCCCAAGUCCACCCCAUCUCACCCUCACUCCAAGCCCACACCAUCUCACCCUCACCCCAAGUCCACCCCAUCUCACCAUCACCACAAGCCCACACCAUCUCACCCUCACUCCAAGCCCACACUAUCUCACCCUCACCCCAAGUCCACCCCAUCUCACCAUCACCCCAAGCCCACCUCUAUCUCACCCUCACCCCAAGUCCACCCCAUCUCACCAUCACCCCAAGCUCCCACCACCAUCUCACCCUCACUCCAUGUCCACCCCAUCUCACCCUCACUCCAAGCCCCACCCCAUCUCACUCCCUCACUCCAUGUCCACACCAUCUCACCCUCACUCCAAGCCCACCAUCACACCCUCACUCCAAGUCCACCCAUCUCACCCUCACUCCAAGUCCACCCCAUCUCACCCUCACUCCAAGCCCACACCAUCUCACCCUCACUCCAUGUCCACCCCACCUCACCCUCACUCCGAGUUCGCCCCAUCUCACCCUCACUCCAUGUCCACACCUCUCACUCCAUCACCCCAAGGCCCAAACCAUCUCAACCCUCACUCCAAGGCCACUAUCUCACCCCUCACUCCAAGUCCACCCCAUCUCACCCUCACCCCAAGUCCACCCCAUCUCACCCUCACUCCAAGCCUCCACCCCAUCUCACCCACCUCCAGGUCCACAACACCUCACCUCACUCCAAGCCCACACCACCUCACCCUCACUCCAAGUCCACACCACCUCACCCUCACCCAAGCCCACCCUCACUCCAAGUCCACACCAUCUCACCCUCACUCCGAGUCCGACCCAUCUCACCCUCAUUCCAUGUCCACACCACCUCAUCCUCACCCAAAGCCCACACCAUCUCAACCUCACUCCAAGUUCACCCCAUUUCAACCUCACUCCAAGUCCACCCCAUCUCACCCUCACUCCAAGUCCACCCCAUCUCACCCUCACUCCAAGCUCACACCACCUCAACUCACCCCAACCAAACCAAAUCUAUCUCACAUCACAUCAAGUCAUCCCACCUAA